AUGUUGAAAACAAAUUUAGUAAUAUUAAUUUCAAUUGUCGUUCUUUUGCAACAUACAAUAUGUCUCCAAAGUACGCCAAUGAAUCACAAUCCUCCAGGAAACGAAGAGGAAGAAACUAUUCUUCAACACAAAAUACAUCAUCAUGAUUGGAAACGUAUUGAAAUAAUGGAUCCUGUAGGGCUUUACACGUUAGAAUGGUGGGUAAAGUCAAAGGAAAUAUUUUUUCGUGCAACUGUCAACACACAAGGGUUUAUUGGAUUAGGAUUUUCUAAAAAGUCUGGUUUAAUGGCCGGAUCAGAUUUAGUUUUAUUAUGGGUGGAUGAUCGUACUGGUAAGCCAAAUAUAUUGGAUUGCCAUGGAGAUUUAACAUCAAAUAGUGCCGCUCCUAUACAGGAUGAUACUCAGAACUAUAACAUUAUUGACGGUUUUCAAAAUUCAACACAUACACAAAUUGAAUUUUCUCGUUCUUUAGAAACAUGUGAUCCACAUGAUUUACCUAUUGGAAGUGAAACUUUAAAGGUUUUAUGGUCUUUUGGUAAAACAGAUCCAAUUCAUGGAAAUUUAAAUAGCCAUGGCCACAAUCGUGGUGUAAAAUCGCUUUUUUUAUUGGGACCAUUAUUCAAAAGACCAUCUCCUCCCUUAUUAGACUUUUUUGACAUAAAGCAAUGGGAUGUCACGGUAAAAAAUGUUGCUGUAGAAAACAAUGUAAAUUCUUUAUACUGGUGCAAAAUAAUAAGUGCUCCACCCUUAAAUGAAAAACAUCACAUAAUUGGAUACGAGCCGCUGCUAACCAAAGAAAUUAAUACAAAAAAACCGCUUGUUCAUCAUAUGAUUUUAUUUGAAUGCUCUACGUCAUCAUAUUCUAAUUCGAAUUCGGCUUCUUGGGAUGUUUGGGUCAAAAGUAAUGGGUCAGUUUGUAACAGUAAUUUAGUAACACCACGCGAUUGGGAUUCAUGUAUAACGCCGGUUGCUGUUUGGUCAAUUGGCUCUACAGGUCAAUUUUUACCAAGCCAUGUUGGUAUUCCAAUAGGUGGUGGAUCUCAUAGUGCUAAAUACUAUAUGCUUGAAGUACACUAUGAUAACAUUUAUUCCAGAAAACUUUUUGAUAAUUCCGGUUUUCGUAUUCAUUAUACAAAAAAUUUAAGACAAAACGAUGCUGGCAUCAUGAUUUCUGGCAUAUCAGCUUCCGAUACUCUUAUAAUCCCACCAGGACAAAAACUUUAUCGCAAUGUUGGUAUAUGCGCACCAACAUGUACAAGUGCUUUAUUUCCAAAAUCAGGUAUUAAAAUUAUAUCGGGAGCCCUACAUUCACAUUCUGCCGGCAGAAAACUAAAACUAAGGCAUAUUCGAGAUGGGAAAGAAUUAGAAAGAAUUAUUGAAGACGACAACUACGAUUACAAUUAUCAACAAGUUCGACAAUUAGAAAAUGAAACAACUAUAUUACCUGGUGAUUAUAUUAUUACUGAUUGUGCCUACGAGACAAUCGAACGUAAGCGACCUACAUUUGGAGGUUUCUCAAUGAAACAAGAAAUAUGUCGUUCAUUUUUAACUUAUUAUCCUAAAAUUGAUUUAGCGGGUUGUUACAGUAUGACACCGGUCCAAGAAUUUUUUGCUACCUUUGGAGUCUAUAAAUUUCGUUCUUUAAAUAUGACUGAUGUUGAAAACCUUUUUCUAUAUAAUGGAAAUAUUUUAGAUUUGUUGCCUAGUAAAGUAUAUGAAACUGAUACUUUUAACAAUACAGUUAGUGAUGUAAAAGAAAAAGCUGACGAAUAUUACCAACAAUCCCUUUUAAAUAAAUUAAUAAUAUCAGAUCCAGUUGAAUUUCAUGACAGAACAUUUAUGAAUCAUUUAAUGAUUUUACCAUGGUCAGAACAGUUAUUUACCCGAAGAGUAGAACAAAAUAUAAUUAAUGGAAAGCAUAUGACAUUUUGUAAAAUUUCUAAUGAAUCAGCUUCAAUACCAUCUGAAAUCAUUUGUUAUCCAAAAUAUACACCGUACAUAAAAUUAUCUAGUACAUGUCCAUAUCAUCAGCUACUAUUAGAAAGUAGUACUUUGACAGCGACGGCGAUUUCAAUAAAUUGUGUAACUGAAAAAAUUUUACUAGUCUUAAUAAGUUUAACAUUAAUAUCAGUAAAUUUUAAUUCUGAAAUUUUUCUUAGUCAUAUAAUUUAA